UAUUAUCGAAUCAAACAAUAACAAAAAAAAAUCGCAUUAAAAAACAAUCAAAACAAGCUGAAGUUACUCGGAAUCAAUUGAAUCGCGCACCGCGAAUAUGCAACCGCUCCGCCCCCCCGCGCCCCUUUGACAGUGUGCACAGCCAUGACCACGCCCCCGCCACCGCCCACGCUCGCAUCAGACGCAAUUGAAGGCGCGGUGUACGCAGCAGGCGAGGCACUGCAUCAUCAACAUGACCAUCCGCAGCAGCAGCAGCAGCAACAACAACAACAGCAGCUAGCGAGGAAUUCCCUGCUGGCGGACCUGCGAAGGUCAACGAAUUUCUGGUUCCGUGCGGCCAAAUCGACGGACGGACUGCAGUUGCUGGCCCAAAGCUGCACUAGAAUUUUGCAGCAUGGACUGUUGCAGCCCGUGGAACUUCGCCGACUGGCGGACGACUUUGAGUUUCUGCUGGCCAGUGCGGGAAAACAGCAACAGCAGACCAAACCGCAGCCUUAUCGACCGGAUUACGCCGCCCGAGACAGUGCGUCAAUGGUCAACGGAGUCGAGGAGUUUCUCGGCGAGUGGACUACCCGCUGCCUGCGUGCCCGUUGCCUUUCGCAGUGCCUGCAGACGCUGGUCUCCGAUCCGGAGCUAAUGGAGCUGUACUAUCCCAGCGAGGAAGCCUUCCUGCGACGAUCCGGUGAUGCCACCGCCUUGUUCGUUUGCCUAACGGCUGUCCAGCUCAAUCAGAGCGGACUGCUAAGCCAGCUGGAGGUUAGGCAUCAGGUGCGCCACCGACGCACUUGCUCACAGCCGAACUUUAGCAUAUCGCCCAAACUGCAAGCGGUGCCGGAGGAGAGACUGCAGAAACGCAUCUUCCUGCGGCGAUUGAAGAGCCUACCAAAUUUAAGUCAGGAGGACGAGGAGCUGGACGAUAGAGCAGCCUUCAGACGGCGUUGCCAAACAUUCAGCAGCUCCAGAAGCCACAAGCUGAGGGAGGAUCACUUGGAUGCCCCAUCUACCAGUUCUUGUUCGUCCCACGACAGUCCCAGACGCAUUCAGCUGAUCAACUGUGAUGACAUAAAGAUCUGGACCGACCAAACGCCCCAGGAAGUGCCAGAGGAGGUGCACGAAAAGUUGCAACAGGCAUCCAAAGCGUCCACGUCAGUGGGCGGCUAUCUGGGCAGCUUCUUCGGCUCGCCGCCUCUCUAUACCAGUUGGUUUCAUCGCGGCGUCGGCGACGAUCUGAAUGCCUCGGGAGAUGGUGGUAUGUUGGACACCUUCCUGCCCGUGAACGGUCGAAAGCUAAAGAAGCAGCACACCCUCUUCGAGGGCGUCAGCAUGCUGGACGAGGCGGCAUCCUCCACAGCCUGCAUCUCGUCGGCACCAUGGGAUAUUCAAGGAUCAGCCGGCGACAGUACCACUUCCACAACAGCGUCCAGUUCUGUGAGCAUUACGCCCGGCAGCGAUAAGAUGGACCAGCAAUCGCUGGCCUCCUUCCUGCAAAUGUCCCGGCAAACGCACAACAAUACACAACUGGAGAAGGAGAACGCUCACUUCAGGAUUUCGGAGGCCUGCAUUACGGCCAUAGAGCACGUCAAGUGGAGCAGGAGACUGGCGACACCAGCGGGUCCGACGAGCCAUAAUCUGUCGGAGCCGAAUUUGAUGCCCUAUGCAGAGCAGAUUCCCGGCGGCGGCAUGCAGAAUCACAGUGCUGAGGCCGUGGGUCUCCAGCUAAUAUCCCGCUUCAGUGAGCAGCAGCUACCCCGUUUGGGCCAUCUCAAGUGGCUGGUCUCCGAGCAGGAGGCACCGCAACAACUGUUGCCGCUGCCCACGCCGAAACAGGAUCAUGAGCAGGCCAGUCUGACCAGAGGCACCUCCAGUUGGGCGCCGCCGCGUCAGCAGAUCAUAUUCACCGAACAUCCCUCGGAGAGCCGAUCCAAGGUGCUGCAAAAGCAGAAUCAUCGCUGUGCCGGCUGUGGAAUGCGGGUGGCCAAGCACCUGCAGCAGCACUUUCGCUACUGCACUUACCUGGGCAAAUACCUGUGCACCGGCUGUCAUCGCAAUCAGAUUUCUGCGAUUCCCGCGAGGAUUCUGCGCUCCUGGGACUUUCGCUGCUAUCCAGUCUGCUCAUUUGCCUACCGUCUAAUCGAGCAGAUGUACGCCUUUCCGCUGUUCCACGUCCCAGAUCUGAAUAGCCAACUGUACAAGCACAAGGAACUGGCGAAGGCGAGAAAGAGGAGGCUGCAACUGCAGGCGGUCAAGGGAUUCAUAGCCAACUGUCGAUUUGCAACGAGGGAGCAGUCAUUCUUCAAUGCCAUUCCGGCGCACAUUACCCAGGAUCCGGACAUGUGGUCCAUGUGCGAUUUCGUUGACGUGCAAAAUACCAGCAUGAAUCGCUCCAUCAAGGAGGUGAUCGCACUGAGCGAACAGCACGUCCACAACUGUGUGCUAUGUACAGGUCGUGCCUUCGUCUGUGAGCACUGCAAGGGCGGUGAGCUCAUCUAUCCGUGGCAGCGAAAAGUCCAACGCUGCGAUCGGUGCGGUGCCUGCUUCCACAACGGCUGCUGGAAGGUCAGGAGUCGGUGUCGCAACCAAAACGAUCCUUGUCCCAGGUGCUCCCGCCUUCAAAGCCGUGCCAGCUAACAUCCGAUCAAAGAAAAUCGAAGGGCAGGAUAGGAAUUGGCGAAGAAAUGUAGUGAAAUCCACUUUCGCCUCGGAAACUGUAUAUACAAAAUUUGGUUUUGGCGAUAGGAAUUUGUUUUUUUUUUUUUUUGUUUUUUGUUUUUUGUAAUUCGCAUAGUUUUUAGAGUUAGGCCUUUUUUUUUUUGUAAAUCCAAAGUUGCUUAUUCGUAAAGGUAUUGCUGAAUAUAUAACAUGUUGCUUUCCGUAAGUAAUUUGUUUAUAAAAAAUCUCUUUUAGGAUCCAUUUGCUUCUAAACGAAACUAGAACCAAAUUGAAACAUCACUUAUUUGCCUGGAAAAAGACGAAUUUUUAUUUAAGAAAGUAUUAUUUAAAAAAAGCUUGCUUAUUAUUAAAUAACAAAUAACAUGUCACAUACACACUAAAUAUUCUAAAAAUAUGUUAAAAAAAAAAAAACAAAAACGGAUAUUUAACCUAUAGUUUCCGAGGUCGAAUUCACACUUCCCCCUAGUGAUUUUAUAUAUUUACAUAACAACUAUUAUUAUAUUUAUACAACUACUGUAAAUAACCAUUUAAAUUACCAAAACUGUUAUGAGAAUCGUUUACCUCAAGCGAAAGAUGUGAACCCAUGUUGAUUUUAUACAUACAUAUAU